UUGCUUUGGUUUUCGUUACCAUGCUAAUUGGCGGCGUUUUGGGCUACGUUUUUCGUGAACGAGUGCAGCAAACUAUGCGUCAGGAAAUGCGUUCCACAAUGGCUUUGUAUGGUAGUCGGCGAGAAAUUACACAGGCUUGGGACUUAACACAAGAACGUUUACAAUGCUGUGGCGUAGAUACUUGGCACGAUUGGAAUCGAUAUGGACUUGUGCCAGAAUCAUGCUGUCAAGAACUGUUUGGAGGACAACGCAAAGAAUGUGCUCUCUUUCCCAAUAUAACGAAUUUGUAUAAUCAAGGCUGUUUGUAUGUGGCUACAAAUUUCAUACGAGAUCAUGCGGCUGUUAUUGGAGGCACAUCGAUAGCCGUCGCUAUACUUAUGAUCUUUGGUAUGAUUUUCUCUUGUUUGUUAUUCAAUAUGAUUGAAUAACAUCUUUUUGGACAUUGUCGAGGUCAAGGGAACCCUGUUUAUUAAACAAUGUUAACAUA